AUCCAAUGGAUGCUGUGUUUCUUCUACCCAUAAUGCUGCAGUGAGAGGAAGUUGACUGCGCUUACGUUGUAGCACAGGGGGUUGUCCACCCAGUACAACAGCACAGGCAUAGAAGACGACGAGCGCAGACUGGAGAGAAGAGAUAGCAGUUGAGGUUGAAGAUGGUGGCGCAGCGCGAACUGAGAGAGAAGAUCCUAUUAAAACGAAAUAUAUUAACGGAAAGGAUGAUGUCGACACGCUCAGAUGAAAGAGCAGAUCUCAACGGUGGUAUUAAGGCAUCAGAACAACUGGAUGAAGGAUGAUGGGAGUUUGGUUGAUUUGUCAUGCAUGGUUAACGUUUGUGAUCUACCUUGCAUUGAAGACUGACAACGAAAAGUGUUUCCAAUAUUAACUUUGCCUGAGGAUACCUCAGCAAUUGUCCAAGGAAGAGAAGACUAAUCUAACCAAUUCUGGACAGUCAUGUGGAGACUUCUGCUUUUUGAGGAAGAUGGCGGCACAGAUUUUGCUUUUGGAUUCGGAAAGAAAGACACGUUUAAUUUGUUUGAUUUGCUUAUGUGCUCAACAAUUGUAUGUAUUUUACAUGUUCCUGAGCUCACUCUACUUCUGUGUUUGUAUCAAUGAAAUUAUGCCUGUAUUUCAAAUUUUCAAUAUGCUAUUUUGCUAUUAUUUUAUUUAUUUAUUUAUUUUUUAAUAAAAUAUUCAUGAUUGAACAAUUUCCACUUGCUGUAUUUGGAUGGAGAAUUUUUUUAUUAAAUUUUAUCUUUGUGCUAAACAUACAAGCUUAAUACAUCAAAGUCCAGAUUUAUUUACUUUUCUCUGACUUUUGAACGUGUUACUAUAAAUUGUUAACGUUUAUUGACAAGCUUGCUGUAGUUAGCUGAUAUAUAAAAAAAUACAUAAGGGUUUAUGUUAAGUCUUUAACUGGCCUUUCAGAUAUUUUUUUGAGGGGGCAGAUAAAUUUGUUCGUUGUGUCCCAACGCGAAGUACGCAACAUGCAAAAUAUUUUCAGGAUUUAUGGUGCAUAAAUAAUCUAUUGCAUUCAAGGAUACAACCACACAUUUCUUGUUUAAUUAAAACAAUUACGCAUUUGCUCAGAAGUAGCCGCUGCAAAAGCUUCAGUACCUGCAACUGUCAUCUUUAAAAUUACUGUUAAAAUAAUAUGAUACAAUUACACUUACAAAGCUAAGGGUUAAAAUGGCCAAAUGGUGUCCAGUGUAGUCCAAUAUUGCAAAAUGGCUCCUUGUGUCUCACUUCCUGUCUGUGCAGGAAGUGAAGGCUUCAGAUAUAUUCAUAUCAUAAAGAAAAAGGAUAAAACUGCCCUUGGUGCCUACUAAUAAUUGGCUCCAAUACCAUAACUGUUGUUUAGUAUUAACUUUUACCAUUUUAAUUUAUCUGUAAAAUAACUAGUUUUUAUUUCAAAUAAAAGGGGUGGGACUUUGGUUCAUCUCCUGAACUCUGGGUAAAUGGAGAGAAUGUCAAUGAAAGGCUAAAGCGCUCAGAGCUGGGAAGGCGCGUUUGAUGGCGGAUGAACCUUGGGAAGGGGAGAACGUGGAGCCUCGCACGGCUCUCUUUAGCACUUGUGUCUCAACUUUGGUGAACUUCCAGUUCCGCCCAGGACACUAUAGUUGCGCGAAUUUGUUCAUUUUUUACGUUUUGGAAUCUAGAAAGGUUGAUGCAUAGAUUUUGUGACUUUGCUUAGUCUAAAAAUGCUUAGCUGCGUGCGUAGAGUGGCCAGGUCGUUGUUUUCACUGCCUUGUACUGGCAGCCAUGGCGGUCCUCCAUUCUUAGUGCGCUCUGCUGGGCUCAUCUCACACACACUCCAGUGAAAUAGCCAGCCUUGGAUUAAUCUUACUAUUUUUCGUUUCGAGUAUUAUUCCGAUUAUUAUUUUCAUCAAGAGUCAUGGAAUAUUUUAGAUUUUGUUUGCUUUGCUCUAAUGGCCAAACAAAGCUAUUUUUUGUGAGCUUUGAAUGUACUGCUACAAUCCUUCUGUCAAUGGAAUAGGUAUGUUUACAUUGUUUCUUUUCUGUUGUCUACUUGAUUUAGUUUCAUCGUGAUGUUUUAAUCGUCCUUUGUCUCAUGACGCAGUAAGAAUUUAUGCAUGUGCCAGUGUGAAUCUAUUGCCUUGAAAUGCCAUCGACACGUGUUAUUUGACAUCGAAUAGAGUCAAGCAGGUGUCAUUUCAAUUCGGCUGCUUUAAACCUUAAUAUAUAAUGUAAACAUUUAUUUAUUUUUAAUCGUCUGAGUCCAAGUUGCUUUUUUCCAUAUGUCGCAACGGCAGGACUUUUUUUUUUUUUCUUCUUCUUUUUUUUUUGCUGUCCUUAAAAGCCGACUGACUCGAUGGUUCAUCCCACUUUCAACUUUUGACAGUCAAUAUCUGACAAAAGACCUUCAUUAACAAAAACCUAAGACAAAAGCAUGAAGAAUAAGAAUAAAAAGCAGGACAAAGAAGGCUCGACCCAAAGCAAUGCUUCCAGCAACUCUGCAUCAGAGGAAUCGAAUCACUCUGGAUCAGAGUCUGGGGGUCAGUCAGAGAGUGAGCAAGGAAGUGAAAGGGCCCCUUCCCGCCAUUCCGAGUCCAACAGCACCUCUGAUUUUGAGAGUCACUCUGAGUCAGAGAAUGAAUCCAUUGGGUCCAAGUCCCAUCAGACCUCAGCACAGGUCAAAGACAAACCAGUCAAGAAGAAAGACAACAUGGCAGAUGUUAAAAAGAUGUGGGAGGAACAUCCAGAUGUUUAUGGAGUUAGAAGAUCCAGUCGGAGUAGACAAGAGCCUGCCCGCCUCAACAUUGGAGCCGAGGGCAGCAGUGAUUCAGAGAGUGAAAGUCCGAAAAGGAAAGGCCUACGGCAGAAAAAGAAAGAAAAUAACUGGAAAGAUGACUCAAAUGACGAUGAUGAUGAUGAUGAUGAGGAAGAGGCCAGCAGUUCAGAUAGUGAGCAGAAAGAGAAAAAAGUUAGAUCCAGACGACUUCCUGCUAGAAGACCGCAGACCAAAUCCUCUGCAGGCAAGCAGCAGUCACAAAAGGGACGUAAACAGAGGAAGCAGGAGUCUUCCGAUGAGGAUGAUGAGGAGGAUACCCCAAAAAGACAAACAAGGCGCAAAGCAGCUACUAAAGUCAGUUAUAAGGAGGACCAGAAUGAUUUUGAGACUGAUUCCGAUGACCUUAUUGAAAUGGCAGAAGGAUCUGAGGAGCAACAGGAUGAUGACAGUGAGACCAUUGAGAAGGUCCUUGAGACCAGGACUGGCAAGAAAGGAGCCACUGGAGCUUCCACAACCCUUUAUGCCAUUGAGGAGAACGGGGACCCUGGAGCAGACUUUGACUCUGAGAAAGAUGAAGGGGAAACACAGUUUCUCAUUAAGUGGAAAGACUGGUCCUACAUCCACAACACCUGGGAGAGUGUGGAUUCCCUCACUCAGCAGAAAGUCAAAGGGAUUAAGAAGUUGGAGAACUUCAAGAAGAAAAAUGAUGAGCUCAAUGCUUGGAUGAAGAGAGCAUCACUUGAGGAUUUGGAAUAUUACAACUGCCAGCAAGAACUAACCAAUGACCUGAGCAAGCAAUUCCAUAUAGUAGAGAGAAUCAUUGCAACAAGAACAAGGAAAUCACAAGUUUCUUCAGAUUUUCCUUCCCAUAAAACCACUUCCAGUGAACCAGAGUUCCUGAGUAAGUGGAUGGGGCUGCCCUAUGCCGAGUGCACCUGGGAGGAUGAAGCCGUAAUUAAAAAGAAAUUCCAGUCCUGUAUUGAUAGUUUCCAAAACAGGAAUGGCUCUAAGACAGUCCCUUCCAAAGAAUGUAAGGUACUGAAACAGAGGCCAAGGUUUGUUGCCUUGAAGAAGCAGCCUUCUUACAUUGGAGAUGAGAACCUUGAACUGAGAGAUUACCAGUUAGAUGGACUGAACUGGCUUGCACAUUCCUGGUGCAGGUGUAACAGUGUUAUUUUGGCUGACGAAAUGGGCUUGGGGAAGACCAUUCAGACAAUCUCCUUCCUGUCCUACCUUUUCCAUCAGCACCAGCUUUAUGGACCCUUCCUGCUGGUGGUGCCACUGUCAACCCUCACCUCCUGGCAGAGGGAGUUUGAUACCUGGGCCCCUGACAUGAAUGUAGUGGUCUAUCUAGGAGAUGUCAUAAGUAGAAAGACAAUCCGUGACUAUGAAUGGAUCCACCAGCAGACAAAAAGAAUCAAGUUCAAUGCGCUUUUGACAACUUAUGAAAUUCUACUGAAAGACAAGGGAGUAUUGGGGAAUAUAAAUUGGGCCUUUCUUGGUGUGGAUGAAGCUCACCGUCUUAAGAACGAUGACUCGCUGCUGUACAAAACUCUGAUCGAUUUUAGAUCCAACCACAGGCUGCUCAUCACCGGGACUCCUCUGCAGAACUCACUUAAAGAGCUGUGGUCCCUUCUACACUUUCUUAUGCCUGACAAGUUUGAGUUCUGGGAGGAUUUUGAGGAUGAGCAUGGUAAAGGCCGGGAUAAUGGUUAUCAGAGCCUCCACAAAGUUCUGGAGCCUUUCCUGCUGCGUCGUGUCAAGAAAGAUGUGGAGAAAUCCCUGCCUGCUAAAGUGGAGCAAAUCCUCAGAGUUGACAUGUCUGCCCAACAAAAACAGUUCUACAAGUGGAUCCUGACAAGAAACUACAAAGCCCUGUCCAAAGGCACCAAAGGGAGCUCCUCUGGCUUUCUCAAUAUUGUAAUGGAGCUGAAGAAGUGCUGUAACCAUGGUUUCCUUAUUAAACAGCCAGAGGAUGGUGAGAACGAAAAGCCACAGGAGCACCUACAGGCCCUGGUGCAUGGCAGCGGGAAGCUGGUUCUCCUGGAUAAGCUGCUCACACGACUGAGAGAGAGAGGCAACCGUGUACUUCUCUUUUCCCAGAUGGUCCGCAUGUUGGACAUUCUUGCUGAUUACCUGUCUAUGAAACGAUAUCCAUUUCAGCGUUUGGAUGGCUCCAUCAAGGGAGAGCUCAGAAAACAAGCACUGGACCACUUUAAUGCCGAAGGCUCUGAGGACUUCUGUUUCUUGCUGUCCACUCGUGCUGGAGGGCUUGGAAUCAACCUAGCCUCUGCUGACACAGUGGUUAUCUUUGACUCAGAUUGGAACCCUCAGAAUGAUCUUCAGGCGCAGGCCAGAGCCCACAGGAUUGGCCAGAAAAAGCAAGUAAAUAUCUAUCGUCUGGUUACAAAAGGCACAGUUGAGGAGGACAUUAUUGAAAGAGCCAAAAAGAAGAUGGUUCUAGAUCAUUUAGUCAUUCAGAGAAUGGACACCACUGGACGAACUGUACUGGAUAACAGCUCUGCAAAUUCAAAUUCAAACCCUUUCAAUAAGGAAGAACUGACAGCAAUCUUGAAGUUUGGGGCAGAGGAUCUGUUCAAAGAAUCUGAGGGGGAGGAAUCAGAACCACAGGAAAUGGACAUUGAUGAGAUCUUGCGGCUUGCUGAAACCAGGGAGAGUGAGCAGGGAUCUAGUGCCACCGAUGAGCUGCUGUCACAGUUCAAGGUGGCUAACUUCACCAUGGAUGAAAGCACCCCAGAGCUUGAGGAGAAGCCUGUGAGAGACUGGGAUGAUAUAAUUCCAGAGGACCAGCGGCGCAAGAUGGAGGAAGAGCAGAAACAGAAGGAAAUGGAGGACAUCUACAUGCUGCCCAGAAGCAGAAGCUCCAACAAGAGGGCACAGGCCAAUGACAGCGAUAGUGAUGUGGGAUCCAAACUAAAGCACAGAUCCUCAGGCUCUGAUAGUGAAACGGAUGACACCGAGGAUGACAAACGGCCCAAGCGGCGAGGCCGGCCGAAAGCUCGCAAAAACAAUGUGGAGGGAUUUACCGAUGCAGAGAUCCGCCGGUUCAUAAAGGCAUACAAGAAAUUUGGAGCCCCACUUGAGAGGUUAGAGGCGAUCGCCCGUGACUCUGAGCUGGUAGAAAAGUCCAUUGCAGACCUGAAGCGACUGGGAGAACUUGUGCACAACAGCUGUGUGACUGCAGUACAGGAGCAUGAGGAGCAUAUGAAGGAGAACCCUGUGGAAGCUAAAGGCCCAGGGAAAAGACGAGGCAUUAACAUAAAGGUCUCUGGAGUUCAGGUCAAUGCCAAGUCCAUUAUCCAGCAUGAGGAGGAGUUUGAACCACUACAUAAAGCUGUGCCUUUAAAUCCUGAUGAAAGGAGCAAAUUUCAGCUAACUUGUCGGGUGAAGACUCCCCACUUUGACGUGGAGUGGGAUAUUCAUGAUGACACACAGUUGUUACUGGGUAUCUAUGAGCAUGGCUAUGGCAACUGGGACUUGAUCAAGACUGAUACAGAUCUCAAACUAUCUGAGAAGAUUCUCCUAGAUGACCCUAAUAAGAAACCUCAGGCAAAGCAGUUGCAGAUGCGAGCAGACUACAUGCUCAAGAUGCUGAAGAAAGAACAGGAAAGCCAAGAUGCUGGUAAAGCAGGAGAAGAGCCCAAAAUCAAAAAGCGGAAACCUCGAAUGAAGAAUAAGAUGCCUAAGAAUGAACUGGCAAAUGAGAUUUCUUCUCCUCGUCUCUCUGACAACCCUUCAGAAGAAGGAGAAGUGAAGGAAAAUGGAGCUGAAAAAUCAUCCACAAAGAAGAAACAGAAGAAGGAUAACAAAGAGAACAAAGAAAAAACAGGAACUCCUAAAAAAGAAAAGGAGGCAGACAAAGAAAAAAAGCGCUCCAAGUCCAAAAAAGAGAAGGCUAAACCAGGAGGCAAAGCGAAGAAUCCGCAGGGCCCAGUGCACAUCACGGCAGGAAGUGAGCCUAUACCAAUUGGAGAGGAAGAUGAUGAGCUGGACCAGGAAACAUUCAGCAUUUGUAAGGAGAGGAUGAGGCCAGUGAAGAAGGCUCUGAAGCAGUUGGAUAAACCAGAUGAGGGUCUGUCAGUGCAGGAUCAGCUACAGCACACUCGUACCUGCCUGCUGAAGAUUGGAGACCGCAUCACUGAGUGUCUGAAAUCGUACAAUGACCCUGAGCAUGUCAAGAACUGGCGCAGAAACCUCUGGAUUUUUGUGUCCAAAUUUACUGAGUUUGGUGCCCGGAAACUUCAUAAGUUGUAUAAGAUGGCUCAAAAGAAGCGCUCGCAGGAGGAAGAGAAAGAGCAUAAAAAGAAGGAUGAUCCUGCCAAAAAGAAGCCCUUCAGGCCUGAACUGUCUGGGUUAAGCCGGGACUCAACAGGCACCCAGCCCUCAACCAAGCCCCAUCCUCAUGCCAUCCACCCGCCUGGACCUCCCCCUCAUGGCCACCACAGAGAUCAAUACAACCAGCCCAAUAAAAGGCACUUCCCUAAUGAUGAUAGGGGAGAUUGGCAAAGGGACCGUAAAUACAGCUACCCAGGAAACAGCAAUCAGCCAUGGCAAGGGGAUCGGCAUCACCUCUAUGACUGUCACAGGUACAAGGACCAGCACUAUGGUGACCGCCGGCCUCAUGGUGACUAUCGCAGCUCAGGAGGAUACCGUAACAGUGGCUCACCUCGCAAACGGCCCUAUAACCAGUAUGGUAAUGAUAGAGAUCAUCGGGGCCAUAGAGACUAUUAUGACAGACAUCCAGACCCUAAGAGGCGGCGCUCGGAUGAAUACCGCUCCCCAAACUACCACCAAGGGGGAGGAGGACACCCUCAGGACUACAGAAGAAUGCCUGAUCAUAGGGGACCCCUUGGAAACCAUGGCCCACCUGGGCCUGAUCACUACCGCCCCUUCCACCCAGACAAACCCCCACCUCUGAUAGACCCCCAUUCCCCUCAAGCCCAGAAAUCCCCCCUUGAGCCUAUCUCACCUGCAGAAAGAACUGCUGGGCAAAAACCUGUGACAGAGUUUAAUUGGAACAACAGGAAGACGUGAGGUGAAUAGGUAGUAAGAGCAGAGACAGUCCGUAAUGCCAGAGUACAUGGCAGAAAGGCAAUAAAUGGAGGGGACAUAACCAUCCACCACCAUAUCCUCCUUAAAGCCACAAGAUGAGGCCCAAACUCUGGAGCUCUUCCUAUCAACUGUGUCCUCCGCUCUCUUGUAGGUUUCAGCGACCAGGUUAAGUCUGCAAUUUAGGACUGAGAAUAAAGAACAAGGCAUGGUUAGUCCUAUGGACUAUGAUAUGACUGAGUGUUGUAAUAUGCCUAAAGUUAGAGUGCCUCAUGUAUUUGGUCUUUUGUGAGAAUCAUUAGCAGAAAUUGACUAUCUUGGAAGCAAAAUUUACAUUGAUGUUCAUGUCAUUUAUUUUGUAUUAUUUUGGUUUGUGCAAAAGAUUAUUUGAUGCAAGUAGCCUUUAUGUGGGAGGAAAAGGAAUGAUUUUAUUUGCACCUUCAGAUGUGAAUUCAUUGUUCUGCGCAUAGAUUGUGCUCUCCAAAACAUCCAGACACCCUUUUCCUGUAAUCAUACUUCAUUUUGAGGGACAAAAUGGUCAAGACGUAAUUACAUGUAUGUUUUUGUCUUUGAUCAGUUAUGUAAAAGUCACAAAUAUUUGUGAUGAUGAGCAUCAACUUCAACAGAAUUACUGUUUUUCUUAAUUUCUUGAAUUAGCUAAAUGUGUCAUUGCUCUUGCAGACCCUCUGUUUCUUGAUAAUGUAAUGCCCAGACACCCUGUCAGAGGAUAGUAGCCUUAUUUAAAAGAAGAGGCUGAACAAUAUUCAGGCUCUGUGUAGAUCUUCUUGUCAGAACACUAGAUAAUCAUAACUCAUAAGCUGUCUUUGUCUUAAUUUCUUUAUGACUGUAAUGCAUGGCACCAAUUAAGCUCACUUUGUGAUCAGUGCUUGUAUGAUCUGUACUGUUGCAUUUUAUUAUUGCACUAAAAAGGACAGUACUCACAGUUUUUUUGGAGUAUGUAAUAAUGGUAGACAUUACCUGAAUUUGAUUUUUAUGUUUUGUUUAGUUAUUUUCCCAGUAUGAGUAUGCUGAAAUGUAAAUUGACCUUAAGUGGAAAUGACAGUUCUCUAUAACUGGACAUGUGCGUGUUCAGGGAGUGGCUGGGUGUCACAAGCUAUUUUUGAUUAACCAGAUUUUGUGCCAAAAAAAAAAAAAGAAAAAUCACAGACUGGCAUGCUGGUAUAUAAUAUCAUACAUUGGUUGUUCAUUUGUGUGUUUCUCCAUUUGUGCCUUAUUAUUGUGUAGAUUCAAACACCGGUUUGGGAUAAGAACAAUUCAGUAUUAUGCUAUUGUGUACAAUUUAAACUAUUUGCCAGGGUGGAGUUUUAACUAGAUGCAUGUUAAGCCAGAUCUGGUGUGUGGGCAGCAGUGACGUGCGGUGAUGUCUUAAAGAGGCUAGGCACUGAGUUAUGAAAGCCAGAUUGCCUGAUUUAUUGUUUAAGCUAAUAAUACGUAAUAACAGUGAACGUUACGCACAAGCGCAGCAUAUCAAGAAAUGUACAAAUCAGGAUGUAUUUGUAUAGUGUACUCUCUCUCUCUCUCUCUCUCUCACGCACACACACACACACACACAAGCGCGUAAACAGUGAACGUUACGCACAAGCGCGACAUAUCAAGAAAUGUACAAAUCAGGAUGUAUAUAGUGUACUCUCUCUCUCUCUCUCACACACACACACACACAAAAGCGCGUAAACAGUGAACGUUACGCACAAGCGCGGCAUAUCAAGAAAUGUACAAAUCAGGAUGUAUAUAGUGUACUCUCUCUCUCUCUCUCUCUCACGCACACACACAAGCGCACAGCCACAUAGCCAAUCUUUUCUUACAUACCAAUCAGUUUGAAAUGAUCGGAUAAUUUUUGGGCCCUUUUGCUGUACUAGUCCAUCUAAGGCUGGCGUAGACCUCCCUCUUGCAAUUAACUCAUAUUUGGAAUUAAAAUCGAGCUUGGAAAAAUUUCUUAAUUCCGUGAUUACGGCCGGUGCUGUCAUUUUGAUUUUGAAUUUGGCGGGGAUUAGGCAUGUACGCUAGCUGUGGUGUAAUGACGUUAGCUACGCAAAUGUCCAGGAAUAUCUUGAUUUUAAUUGGUCCAUGUCUGAUACGUAACGGAGAUGAUUACGGGCAUAACAUAUUUACGUCAAAAGGCACAGCAGAUUUGUGCUUUUUGCCGUACGUGUUAAAGAAUACAGGAUCGAAGUGCGCAUGCGCAACAUGGGUUUUCCGCUUGUCGUCUGCAAUGAAUGGACCGUAAAAUCACUGCUUAUUCUACCAUUUGUUUUUAGUUGAUUAUGCGUAACUGCUACAUUUGUCAUCAUAACGUCUAAACAAUUGGAAUAACACACAUAUUGCAUAUAUAAAUCACAAGAAUAAAAAGUAAAAAUAUAAACACAAGUUUAUUAUUUAAUAAACAUUUUAUUUUUGAAUUUUGGCAGGGUAGGCAGUGCCUAGUUUGCCUACCCAGACCGCACGUCAGUGGUGGGCAGCAAUGUGUUGUGCUGAAUUCCAAAAGAUCAUGGUGGCAGGAAUAAGAGUAAGUGAGCUGGUGAGAAAUGUGGGUAAAUCUGGUCUGAAAUACUGAAGAUGCUUCUCCCCUUCCCUCUCAAGCUGCUGCUCACACCAUAGAUAUGUGUUGAGCUUUGAGACAAGCCCAUUUUAAAUUAUUUAUAUUUGUGAAAAGCUGUUCAGUUUAAUCGUACUGUAUACGUAUGUAUAUAAACCUAAGUGUAUUAAA